AUGAAGGCUUCUGUAUUUAUCACAGCAACUGCGCUAGCCGUGACUGCACUUGCACAUGGAGGCAUUGACAAGUACAUUACGGGUGAUAAAGUAUACGAAGGAUGGGAACCAUACAACGACCCAGCCGGGCAAAAGAGUAUACAGAGACAGUAUUCAUCUUAUGAUCCUCUCUUCAUAAAGGAUCUCACAACUGUGAACAUACGAUGCAACAACAAGGGAGCAUUGGGCACUGGUGUAACAGGCACCAUCGCCGCAGGCGCCAAACUGACAACCCACUGGAAGCAAUGGACUCAUAGACCAGCCACCUUCAUGGUCUACAUGGCCAAGUGCCCCGGUUCCUGCGACAGUUGGGACGGCUCAGGCAAAGUCUGGUUCAAGAUCUUCGAGCAAGGUCUCAUAUCCGGCACUGAAAACGCCGGUAUCUGGGCCGGCGACGCCAUCUUCGAAACCCUUAACGCAACCAUCACCGUCCCAAAUGUCCUAGCCGGCGAGUACAUGUUCAGACACGAACUCACUGCCCUACACCAAGCAAACAAUCCUCAAUUCUACCCAGAAUGCGCCCAAUUCACCGUCACAGGCUCUGGCACCGCAUCGCCUCCUGCAUCUUAUCUAGUGUCGUUCCCUGGCGCGUAUACAGGGACAGAACCCGGCCUUGCGUUUAAUAUUGACUCGGAGGAUGCGAAGAAGGCGACGAAGUAUCCCCUGCCGGGACCGCAGCUGUGGGAUGGUACUGACAGUGGUAAUGCGACGACGCCUGGAUCCGCGACACCUUCGACGGCGGCUACGAAGCAGCGUGGUGCUGAUACUUCGGGGCGUCUGCGCAGGCAUGGGAAGUGUUAG